CUGAACUGCUUUAUGAGGCAAAGUAUGUCCUAGUGGAAGAAUAUUACACAAAACCAGAAUCAACUGGACUCAGAAAUACUGGAAGUUUCUAGUGAAGGAUGCUCCAGGAUCUUGGACAUUCCAACAUCUCGAAGUCCCAAGUCUCUGAGUUCAUUCUGAUGGGAUUCCCAGGCAUUCACACCUGGCAACACUGGCUCUCCCUGCCCCUGGCACUACUUUACCUCUUAGCUCUCACUGCCAACAUCCUUAUCCUGAUCAUCAUCAAACAAGAGGCCACACUGCACCAGCCUAUGUACUAUUUCUUGGGGAUCCUGGCUGUGGUAGACAUGGGACUGGCUACCACCAUCAUGCCCAAGAUUUUGGCCAUCUUAUGGUUCAGUGCAAAGGCCAUUGGUCUCCCUGAAUGCUUUGCUCAGAUGUAUGUCAUACAUUGUUUUGUACUCAUGGAGUCAGGUAUCUUUGUCUGCAUGGCUAUAGACAGAUAUGUAGCCAUUUGCCAACCACUACGCUAUCCAUCAAUAGUUACUGAUUCUUUUGUCGCCAAGGCAACUGUGUUCAUGGCACUCAGAAACAGUCUGGCUACCAUCCCAGUGCCAGUGUUGGCCGCUGAGAGGCACUACUGUUCCAAGAACCAAAUUGAGCAUUGCCUAUGCUCUAAUCUUGGAGUCACUAGGUUAUCCUGUGAUGACAGAACCAUCAACAGCAUCUACCAGCUAUUUCUGGCCUGGACACUGAUGGCGAGUGACCUGGGUUUGAUUUUUUUAUCAUAUGCUUUGAUACUCCACUCAGUGCUGAAGCUGAAUUCAGCAGAAGCUGCAUCCAAAGCCCUAAGUACCUGUACUUCCCAUCUCAUCCUAAUUUUAUUCUUUUACACUGUCAUUGUUGUCAUUUCUAUUACCCACAGUGCAACAAUGACUCUUCCUCUCAUCCCAGUUCUGCUUAAUGUACUACACAAUGUUAUUCCUCCUGCCCUCAAUCCCAUAGUGUAUGCAUUCAAAAACAAGGAGCUCAGGCAGGGCUUCUAUAAGGCUCUUAAGCUGAAUAUCAAGGGCAACUAACAUGGAGAAGGGGCUCACUUAGGUAGUUUACUCAUAUAUUUAUCCUUAUAUUUUCCAAUCAUUAUGCAAGGCAGAAAUACUAUCAAAAAAGAGCACUAUGGCAUAUUUUCAGUUAAUAAAUCAAAUUGGUGGCAACAAGUGAAAUUUUAAAAAAUGCCAACAGAGCCAACAGUUGUUUAAGAUGAAGAAAUAUAGUACAUCAGUUAAAAACUUUAGCUCGGGGAUCAGAACAUACCAUAUUUUAAAUUCCACUGUGGCAACCUAUUAUCUGUAUGAACUCUUUGAACU